AUGUGGUGGAAUUGUACGAAUAAGUGGAAGAAGUCUUCUUCUCCGCCUUGUGCGUUAUCGUUAUUACCAGACGAUAUCCUUCUGAAUUGCUUCGCCACUGUCUCAAGAUCUGACCACGCGUCUUUAUCUCUAGUCAACAAGUGGCUACGCUCUCUACUGCUUUCCCCUGAGAUCUACCAAGAACGAACACUUAUGGGUUGCACCGAAAACUGCAUCUUCCUAUGUUUAAGCAUCCCUUCAGACACGUUUGUUCGUUGGUUUGCCUUCUACCCAAAAGCUCUAAAUAAUCGGUUGGUUCCAAUCCGGCCACACUUGUAUCAGCCUCAGGAAGCAUCCUCCGUAGUGGCUUAUGGUUGCGGGAUCUAUAUAAUCGGUGGGAUGAUUGGCGGGAGUCGAUCGUCCAGGGCAUUUUUCCUCGAUUGCCGGUUUCAUACGUGGAGCAAUCUCCCCUGCAUGGGUGUACCUCGAGCUUAUGCUGCCGCGGGCGUGGUGGACGGGAAGAUAUACGUUUUUGGAGGGUGCGAGGACUCCAAUUCGGACAAAUGGGGAGAAGUUUUCGACCCAAAUACACAGACUUGGGAUGUACUGCCAAAGCGGCCGAAGGAACCAUACUCUUCAGUUAUUCACGAAAGCGUUGUGAGGGAGGAGAAGAAGGUUUUCUCUUUGAAUGAGAAAGGUAAUGGUUUGCUCUAUAUUCCGAGGGAAGGCAUAUGGAAAAAAGGGAAGUCGGAUGCCUACAGACCUAGAAGGGGUUGGCAUGUGAUAGAGAAUGUCAUGUACUGUUGUGUAACUGGUGGGAGGAUACUGUGGUGUCAGGCAAGCGAGUUGGAGUGGCACGAGCCGAAUGUGAUAAAGUGGAGAGAGGUGAUGGGAUUGAAGGAUUUAAAGGACACUCUAUGUGCCUCCAAACUGGUCAACUAUGGUUGGGGAUUGCUGGAAGAACAACUUGACGAUUUGCUUCCCGGUCACAAACUGAGCAACUCUGGUCCCAACAUGUUACUUUUCUGGGAUGUGCAUGCUCCUGGGAAAUUGGAGAUUUGGUGUGCUGAGAUAUCUUUACAAAGGCGCAAAGAGAAAGGCGAGAUUUGGGGGAACCUUGAGUGGUCUGAAGUAGUCACGACGCUCGUUGCUCCUCAUCCUCUACCUGAGCAUCAGCAUCACUGUAAAAUUUUGCAUUCUCUGACUCUCAAUCUCUGA